AUGGAGGCCGCAAACGAGGCGAAAGUGAAGACUGAAGACGCCGACGGCGCAAAUGGAGUGCAGAGUGGCAGGAUUGCGCACACGUUGACUGCCUGCUGUCGAUGCAGAACGCGCAAGACACGAUGCGACCCCGGACUCCCUCGAUGCGGUCCUUGCGAGCGCACAAACUCGCACUGCGAAUAUUACGACCCUACGAAAGGCAGGAAGAUCCCGCGCAACUACGUCGUGCACCUGCAGCACAAGGUGCGUGAGCUUGAGAAGCAGCUGGCCGCCCUCGAGGGGGACGAUGUUGAGCCUGACGCCGAGGACGUCAUGCGCGGGGCAGCAGCGGUGCGAGUGCAGGACACGGACGAGUCCAAGUUCCUGGGGCCGUCGAGCGGCAUCACCAUCACGCGCCUGGUGAUGCAGCUGGCAAAGCAGUUCACCGAGUCAAAGACAAUAUCUGAGAUUGUGCCCCACGCACGACAACAGUCGAUCAAGGCUACGUUUGAGCAGGAAGACGAACGACCGACGUCCAAGGUGUACCCCCUGGUCAGCGACGUUGCGGCUGAAGAACUACCGAAUCGAGAUCUCACCAAUCUACUAGUCGAGCUGUUCUACUGCAAAGUGCACCCCAUGUAUCCCAUCUUCCACGAGCCAACGUUCACCCAGGACGUCGAAGAGGUGUACAAUGGCUCUACAGACCCCUAUCAGAACUAUUGUCUGCGCAUGGUCAUCGCCAUUAGCCUGCAAAAGAUGGACACCCAGUACGCUGGUCUCGCUGACAGCUACUAUCUCUCCGCCCUGACGUACUUCGAAGCUGCGAUUAAGCCAAUGAACUUGAAGACCCUGCAAUGCUUCGGUCUCGUAGCCGGAUAUUCGCUCCUGACACCCACGAGAACGGCAGUCUACUACAUCAUCGGUCUUGGAAUGCGCCUUUGUCAAGCUCUAGGACUGCAUGAGGAGAAGACAAUCACGCGAGGACCCGGGGGACAGCCCGCGGACCCGCUCGAGGUUGAUAUGCGCCGGCGAUUAUUCUGGAGUCUGCUCACUAUGGACUACGGCCUCUCGCACAGUCUAGGAAGACCAGCUCACUAUGCCGCGAGACGUCAACAUAUCGAUGUCAACUUCUCUGAGCUCGUUGACGAUGUCUACAUCACUAAAGAAGGUAUCAAGCCUGCGCCGCAAGCCUCACUCAAGAAGUGGAUCGGUAUUCACUUCUACAAGAUGCGUUUGUUGCAACUGGAGAUUCGCAAGAAGCUAUAUCAAAGGAAGACAGCUGAGCCGCAAGACGACCAGCAUCCCUGGUUCGCGGAGAUACAAAGCAAGAUCGAGGCGUGGCGAGACACAAGUCCGGAGAUGGAUGGCGGCUCUGGCUUGAACAAAGUCUGGUUCAUUGGUCGAUACAACAUUAUGAUCGUGUUCAUCUUCCGCCCCUCACCACAGGUCCCGAGACCCUCACUACAAGCUGCGAUCCGCUGCUUCGAUGCAUGCCAGUACAACAUCUACAUGCACAAAAGGCAAAUCGACAUGAAGACCGUUGACGUCACGUGGAUUUUCGUACAAUCGAUCUUCAUGUGCAUCAACACCAUGCUUUGGACUUUAUCCUACCAGGAAGUCCGUCGCCUGCACAGCAGGGAGGAAGUCGAGGGACAUCUCAGCGUUGCAAUGGAAUCUAUUCUACUCGCAUCUGAUAGAUGGCCUGGUGUUGCCUCAGCCAGAGACCUUUAUCAUAACUUGAUCGGUGCCUGCAUGGAAAUCUAUAACAAAGAUGGAGACGUGCCCAUUACAGCCAACUCGCCAUCAGACUGCGCUUCAGUCGUGUCAGGCAGUAUCGUGGAUGGCAUCAACAGAUCUCGGACGACGAGUCCUGCGACAGCAUCCACCGCAUCGGUGAGCACGCCUAAGGAUAGCGUACAACCGCCGUUCGGCUAUUUACCAACCCAGGGACAGCACUUCUUCGGCCACGAACACGUGCGAGCCAAUUCUUCGAUGAUCACGAGUUCGCCCUCGAGCCAGGCCUCAUCGUUGCAGCUACCUAAGCAGCCCCAGCAGCACUACGACCCAAGUCCGAAGACGUCGGUUGAUGCGAACGUACCUACAUUUGCUUACCCGCCCACGACGCAGUUCACCGCGCUUCCAACAACGUUUGCCGAGCUGCCACAGUGGACCCCCACUUUCGCAAUGCCUCAGCAAGAUCAUUUCAACACAGCGACAAUGCCUCUCACAUCGCCGCACUACAACGAAUACUACGCUGCGAACCAAGGCUAUGAGAUGGCCGACUACCUCAAUCCAGGCUGGAGUCAGGAUGCCAGAGCCAAUGGUCUCAACCAGCAGCAACAGAUGCAGCUCAUGCAUGACUUCGAGAUGAAUGAAACCAGCAAGAUCGAGGAGAUGAUCCACCAGAGCCAUCAGCUGUUCAUACCGCCGCAACUGCAAACCUACUCCUGA